AUGGCCGAAGAAAAUCAAACCGAGCAAGUUACGGAGUUGACUCUUGUGGGACUGACCGACAACCCACGACUACAAGUGCCUCUGUUUGUCCUGUUCCUCCUCAUUUACUUCAUCACGCUGGCAGGGAACCUGGGCAUGGUUGUGCUGAUCAGGAGCAGCAGUCAACUUCGAUCACCCAUGUACUUUUUCCUCAGCAAUUUAUCUCUUCUAGAUGCUUGCUACUCAUCGGUGGUGGCACCGAGGACAUUAAUGAACUUUCUGAUGGAGAAGAAAACAAUCUCUUUAGCCGGCUGUGCCACCCAGCUUUUUUUUUUUAUAGGUUUUGGGACUACCGAGUGCUUCCUUCUGGCCACGAUGGCAUACGACCGCUACAUGGCCAUCUGCAACCCUUUGCUUUACCCGGCUGUCAUGUCGCACACGGUCUGCAUCCUGCUGGUGGCCGGUUCGUACGUGCUUGGCCUGCUGCACUCUUUGGUGCACACAGGCUUCACCUUCAGCCAGCCUCUCUGCCAGCUGAAGGUUGACCAUUUCUACUGUGAAAUCAUACCUCUUCUAGCGCUCUCCUGCUCUGACACCCACGUCAACAGAUGUCUGAUAUUUGGCCUCGGGGGACUGGUGGAGAUGGUGACCGUCUUGGCCGUCCUGGUCUCCUACGCCUUCAUCCUCACUGCCAUCUCGAAGAUCAGCUCUGGUGAGAGUCGGCACAAAGCCUUCUCCACUUGCACCUCUCACCUGGCUGGAGUCACCAUCUUCCACGGGUCUAUCCUUGCCCUGAACUUCCGACCAACGUCCAGCGGCACCCUGAGCACGGACAAGAUCUUUGCUGUGUUUUACUCGCUGGUGGUACCCAUGCUGAACCCCCUGAUCUACAGCCUCAGGAACAGGGAGGUGAAGAACGCCCUGAGGGAGUUUGUCAUGUGGAAGUAG